AUGUUAACUAAAUUCAGGCUUCCAGAAGCUAAUGUUUGGAACUCUUUACCAUCUCCAAAUACUCCAGUUCCUGAAAGUCCAUUCACCAAUGAAUUUUUAUCCCAAAUUUUUUAUUCUUCUUUAAAAGUUAGAACUCCUUUAACUAUUGCUUUAGUUUAUUUCACUUCUGUUCAUUUCAUUAAUUCUUUAGUUAGAGCAAGACAAAUCAAAAAGUUCAAUCAAACUAGUGAAAAGAAAGUUACUGCCGAUGAAUUAUCUGAAAAACAAUUGAAAAAAUUACCUGCUGCCCCUUAUGCAAUUGCUAAGACUUCAUUAUUUAAAUUUUUUGUUUUAGCUCAUAAUGUAUUCUUAUGUUUAUAUUCUGUUUGGACAUUUAUUGGUUUCACUUCAACUAUUGGUUCAAUUAUGAAUUUGUUUGAAGGUAAUUUCUUGUCUAGUUUAUCAAAUUAUAAACCUCAGAAAUUGGAUAUUUUCAUUCAUUCUGUUUGUGAUGCUGAAAGUGGUGUCUUUUCAAGAAUUUUAAACAAUGAAGGUUUCCAUAAUUUGGAAAUUUUUGGUUGGUGGUUUUACAUGUCUAAAUUUUAUGAAGUUUUAGAUACUGUUAUUAUUUUAUUGAAAGGUAGACCAAGUUCACUUUUACAAAGUUAUCAUCAUGCUGGUGCUAUGAUGAGUAUGUGGGCUGGUAUUAGAUAUCAAUCCCCUCCAAUUUGGAUCUUUGUUGUUUUCAACUCAUUUAUUCAUUCAUUGAUGUAUUUUUAUUUCUCAUUAAGUUGUCUUCAUAUUAGAGUUCCAACUUUAUUUAAAAGAGUUUUAACUAGUUUACAAAUUACUCAAUUUGUUGCUGGUGGUUCUAUUGCAGUUUUGCAUUCUUUUAUUUGGAUUGUUGAUUCAAGUGGUGUUUUAACUGAUGACGAAUUGAAAUGGGUUAGUUGUAUCGGAGCUCCAGAAAAGGCUUUACCAAUUUUAAUUAACGUUGCUUAUUUAAUGCCUUUAACUGCUUUAUUCACUGCAUUUUAUAUUGAAAGUUAUUUAAAGAAGAAAGCUGCUCAUUGA